CACCAUCGCAGUGCAUCAUUGACACACGUAGUUACAGAAGACGCACAGGAAUCUGACAUGCCGUCUGAAUGCUGGUUAACGAGAUCGAAUUCUUAACAGGUCGAGAUAAGAUGUACGCGAAUGUUUAACAACGAACUAGAGCUGUUAAGAUCCAAGGAAGUCCGAGCGUAGCAGUGAAAUAAUGAAGAGGCUUUUGUAGAUAUUGAGACGCUAUCACGCGUGAAUUGUUGUUAGUUAUAAUUGUUGAUAGUUCUCGCCAAAAAUGCCGCUGGAAAGUUUCACCAUCGGCAAAGUGAUCGGUAAGGGAAGUUAUGGAGAGGUCUAUUUAGCGAAGCAUCGCAAAGAUCGAAAGCAGGUAAGUUUUACGAAGACUUGACAAAGUCUAAUCGUGAGCUUGAUGGUAUCGUUACUUUCAUACAAGUCAGCUGUUUGUCAUUAUUGCCUAUGAAACUUCUGUUGCCUUUUUUUUCUUGUGAUUUUAGUAUGUUAUGAAGAAGGUCGACCUUUCUAAAGCCUCUGAAAGGGAAAGGAAAGCGGCUGAACAAGAGGUGAAAUAAUUGUCUACACAACUUAACUUCCUUAUAUUCGUUUAGUCAACAAGACUUCAUAGCUUUAUUAAUCAGCUUCCAACCAAGAAAAAAUGGCUUAUCUUGUCGUAAGAUUCACUUUACCCGCAAGUCUUCUCACAAUAUCUAUAUGUUUCCAAGCAGAAAGGUGCGAAGAAGAAAGUCACACAUACCCUUGGCUAUAAAAUUAUAAUUUGGUCUAAAUUCUCUUAAGUGUAAUAAUAGGAAUUGUUCAAGAGACAGUUCUGUGAAUUGUUAUCAAGGUAUUAAGAGCAUGAUCAAAUGUUUGCUUGAAUAUAAAGGAGAACAGAGCCUCAAGGAACACUGAAAAGUGUGUAAAUGUAAUAUAUAAGAACAUUUUUAAGAGUAUACAAUUACUAAAACCUAUACUUAUAGUUAUUGUAAUAACUUAAUUAACAUUGAUAUACUGUACUUUCUGGGAGAGUCAUGGGGGAGAUUGAGUAGGUGAAAAUUCUUAGUUUUAUACUACUUUCCAGGCAAAAUUGUUAUCUCAGUUGCGGCAUCCCAACAUCGUUUCUUACCGGGAAUCGUUUCAAGAUGAAUCAGGAUUUCUCUAUAUCAUAAUGAACUUCUGUGAGGGAGGUGAUCUGUAUACAAAGCUGAAAGCACAGUCUAAAGAAGGAAAAGUACUUGAAGAGACACAAGUUGUUGAGUGGUUUGUCCAAAUAGCCAUGGCAUUGCAGGUACGUAAGAUUUAUGAUUAAUUUUUUAAUUAUAAUGAUAGAAUACAAUCCUGACUGACCCUAAAUGGGCUUUAACUCCCAAGAUCUCAUUAGUAAUUCUCCUUACUAUCUACCAUACAAUUCUUGUGGUGUUAGUUUGGAGAAUUUGGUAUUGCAUCAACUAAUAAUCCCCUAUUUGAUAUUCUUCUUUUUUCUCAUUACUUGUCUGCUUGAUAUUGUAUUGAUAUUGAAAGGAGAAAUUCUGUCUUGGUCACUCAUGGGAGUUAAAGGGUUAAGGAUAAUUAUACUGCUUUAAGUGCAAGUUCCUAACAUACUGUGAUAUCUAUUGAGUGCGUAAACACCAGUUAUGUCCUAUCAACAGUAUCAGUUCUUAGUACAAAUAGAAAAAUGGAAUACACUUGCUAAAAAUUAGAACUGUAAACUUGUUGUGUAGGAUGUUCAGCCAAAGCCAAAAAAGGUUAGCACUCAAUAGGUUAGCUCUAGAAAUUGAUAUGAUAGCAUUAUCAACUAAGUUGAACCAAAUUAUUGUGUAUUACCCUACCCCCCUCCCAUCUCACUCAACAGCCACAGCAUUACCAUUUCUGUAGAAACUUACCCCCUUGUGAGCAAGUGACAGUUAUGGAUAUGAGUACCCUGUGGCCCUCUGUAAGAUAACUUAACAGAUAUCAAACUGUACAAUUACAUUAUAAUUGUGUGCUCCUGAAAAAAUUACAUUUACAUGUAGGUUAGAGAUUAUAUGAAGAACAUACACCAGAUGCAUUACAUGUAGCUGCAGAUUAAAGUAACAACUAUGUAGUCUUUUGUUCAACAUGAAUGCUGUAGUGCUUUAGUAUAGUGCUACAAAUUUACCAUAAGCAACUUUAAAGCAGUGAGUAGAUAUAUGAUACACGUCUUUUUUUUGUGUUUGCAGUAUAUGCAUGAGAGGAAUGUUCUUCACAGAGAUCUAAAAACCCAAAACAUUUUUUUGACAAAGAGCAAGAUAAUCAAAGUGAGUCACAGUGGAAUUUUUAACUCAAUUCUGAAAUGCAUUUGACCCAGGCAUAUGCUAAUAAAUCAUGUUAUUGCUGUAUGUUCACUCACAUUUUAUUGUUGUUUAUAUGGUAGGUUGGUGAUCUUGGUAUAGCAAGAGUUUUGGAAACAUCCUAUGAUAUGGCAACCACUAUGAUUGGAACGCCAUACUAUAUGUCUCCAGAGUUGUUUUCUAACAAGCCUUAUAACCAUAAGGUAAGGAAAACCUUUGAGUUUCAUAGUGUGAUCAUGUGUAUGGGAUUUCAGGUUCUAAAAAAAGGACUGUUGUCAGUUUGGUAGUGGCUGAUGUUAUAACCAUUAGUGGAGAGUUGUUUUUCAGUCUGGUUUGUGGAUACUUUUUUCACUGUUUUGCAUGAAUCAGAGUUACAGUAACACGUCCAACUUAGAAAGAUCUCCAGCAUAACAUGGCUUUGAGGUUCAUCUCCACACAGGUUUGUAAAAUGACAGUCACUGUCACAGACAACAGUUCUAUUAAAAUCAACCCUUACAUGGACAAUCACAAUGUCCAGGGAGCUUUUAUUUUUACCUGGCAGCACAGUGAUAUUCUUGGUUGUUAAUAAAUGCUGUCAAUCGUUACUCUGGUUUUCAGUGAUUCUCUUUGCAUUGGCAACAUCAAUAAUUGUUGAUAUUGAUUUUUGAUUGAUGUUCUCUGUUCUCUCUAUUUUUCAGUCUGACGUUUGGGCUUUAGGCUGUUGCUUGUAUGAGAUGUGCACAUUGCGACAUGCAUUCAAUGCAAAGGAUAUGAGUUCUUUAGUUUACAAGAUACUUAAAGGAAAGGUAUGAGCACAAAAAGGAAUUGUUUGUGUGAAGUAUUUUUAUCUAAAUUUUGCUCUGCAAAUAGAAGUAGGAUAAGAAAGAUGUUGAAUAUCAAGCUCAGUUGUCAAGCAAAAUAAGAAAAUUUUGGGUAAUCUUGGUCCUAUCAACUGACAUAAUAAUGCAAAUUGGCCACCAUAAAGAGUUUCAAAGCUGACAUUUUGAGCAAUAGCCCCAUUUGUCAGAACAAUUGAUGAAGGGCUGAUGCUUGAAAUGUCAGCUGUGAAACUCUAUAUGGUGGCCAGUUCAUGUUAUCCACCCAGGUGAUGAAAGCAAAAUUAUCUUGCUAUACUGCCCCACUGAGGCACCACCACAGUUUAUUUAGAAACUUACUUCCUUUAAGGUAUUUUUUUGUUUCACACCAGUGCUGGACAGGGAAAAAAUCUUCAUUCUUUCACAGUUUUGCUUUGCUGUUGAUGCAGCGCUAAUGACCUUGCUCACCUAGUAAGGCAUGGUAGAUUUUUAAAAAAUGUCUUUCUGCUGUGGCUAUUGAUCCAAAGAUUACUUAAACAGCACUGCACACCCCAGACAUUACAUCAUACAAUAUGUGUGUUUGUAACAUGUUAUGUUCACCAAUACCCACAGUGUAUUUCACCAAAAUUGUAUGUUAUGAUCAAAUGAGAAUGUAAUGCUCUGCUUCUUGAGUUUGGUAACACUGUAAGGAUCUAAUAAAGUACCAAUUCUCUGUACUGUCUAGUAUACCUUUUUAAUAAUAUUAGCUUUGAGAACUUGGAGUUUAAUCAAACAAUGGCCUCUCUCUGACCUUUCUUUUUCAUUACCUCUCUGCUUUAACCCUUUAGCUCCCAUGAGUGACCAAGACAGAAUUUCUCCUUACAAUAUCAACACAAUAUCAACCAGAUAAGUGAUGAGAAUUAAAAAAAUAUCAUUUUGGAGAUAAUUAGUUGAUCCAAUACUCAAUUCUCUGAACUAACAUCAUAAGAAUUGUAUGAUUGACAGUUAGGAGAAUUAAAAAUUUGGUCUGGGAGUUAAAUGGUUGAGAUGUCAGUAUUGUUGUGGUGAAGAGAAAUUCCUUGUUGGCCUCUUCAGGGGGUGAAAGGGUUAACAGUGACCACGGAAAAGUCUGCCUCGCUUGUUGAGUAGUCAUUUUUUUUUUCCAAUCAUAACAGAUUCCACCUCUGCCAUCAAAUUACAGUAUUGAUUUGCGUGGGAUUGUGCAGAGUAUGUUGGAAUUAGAACCCGAGAAGAGACCCAGUGCCUCACGCCUUUUACGUCACACGUACAUCAAGAAACAGAUUGCUCUUUUCCUUGAGGGAACAAAAAAUAGGUUGGUUAAAAUCAUUAAUAACUUGAGCUUUUCUUCUGGAAAGUUACCUUUAAUUUAGGAAGAUGUCCUGUCUGGCAACGUUAAACGUGGGCAAUAAAUGAUUGCUACUUGUGCUUUUAUUGUGGAAUUUUAAGUCGCAGCGUUGACUCUCUCAGAUUCAUUAAAACACAAAUGUUAGCUCCUAAAAGUUGAGAACCUACCCUUUCCCGCGGAAGGGGAGCUUGGAUACCUACACCUGUAUUUACCAAGUUAUUUCUGAUCUAAAUGCAAACUACAAAUGUUUGCUUACAUGAUUUGUUCAUCUUUCCCUCUUGCAGACAAAAGCAGAAAACAGUUUCAAAGGAAGAACGAACCGCUAGUGCUAAAUCAAAAUCAUCUUCAUCAGAACCGCCCAAAUUAGAUUCUGGAUACGUAGGAUUUGUACUUGAAGCUUCUAUCGCGACAGUUUCUGCUGUAGAUUGUGUUUUAGUCGACGAGAAGUCAGCAAAACAAUCACCAAAGCCUUCAUCGAGAAAUGACCAUGGUAGAUCUUCGGUAGAUUCCACAAGUUCGUCGAAUAGCUCUUCUGAAAAAGGAAGAACGGAGGUGGAUGUUAAGAAAACUGAGCAGAAAAAUGUUGUGGAUUUAAAACAAAAAGAACUGAUAAGGAAACAAAUGGGCGAGAGGAAGAAGUCGGCUGGUAGUGAGAGGACAAGUAAUAAACAGUCAGUGAAGGAGAGAGGUGGUGAAGGAAAAGAUGUUCCUGUCAGGAGAUCUUCGGAGGAUGUAAAGAAAGCAGCAGGUUUGGAGGAGAAGAGAGGUAAACCUAGUCCUGCCAAAUCAAGAACGCCCAAAGCGGAGGUGAGACUUGAUGUACCUUUGUACCGAUGAUCACGACGAUCAGGCUUGAAAUAUCAACUAUUGAAAAGCCAUUGUGGUUGUUUUUCUUCCGUUACUAACUUCUAUUUCAUGAUCAAGUCAGUGUUUCAUUAGCCCGCACCACAUUUUCUUCAGAAAGGUAUAACUGUGAAUUACUCGUUGAGCUGUUGGGAAAACAGAGGAAAGCAAAUCACACAUGCAUCAAUGUAGUCAUUUGAAACUCGUAUAUGGCGUGCGAAACAGAUGUUACUCUUUAUGCUAUUCCGGUGAGUGGAGGAAAUAUCGAAGCACGUCUGAAAAACGCGAAAGAAUAACACUUGUCCCACAGGGCAACUUGUGGAAGGCUCUACUUACCAACUCGUCCUCUGCACUUCAUCUAGCAGAGCUUGCGUCUGAAGAUCUUUGUAGGAGCUCAGGCUUUUUGUGAUCACCAUUUGAUUUUGUUAAGAAUGAUACAUACUCAGUUGUCCUUCCUAUUAAGUUAAACGUAUCCAAUUAUUUUAUCCCAAUUUUAGUCUCAUCAACUUCAGCGACCCUUGCCCCAGCCCCCCAAAAGAGGACCUCCUGGGGGAGAUUUACCCGCGUCAAGAAGUCCCAGAGCGAGGCGAAGAUACAAAGUAACGUCCAGUUCACACGCGGCCAGAUCCCAAUACGCCGAGGAAGAGGAGGAAGAAGAGGAAGAUGAUAAGAGUAACGCGGAUUCUGAAUCAAGGUGCAAUAUCAAAACAAAGAUUCUCUCAACUACAAAUAACUCGUGCUUUUAUCCUGAGAUCUGAGAAUCUACUUGUGGAUUAAGUAUCUAGAGAGGUUAAUGUAUCUUCUAUACUCAUUCACUAAAUAUCAUAAAGUGCGGUGUCUUGUUGAAGUAAUGAGAAGUGUGAACUGAUCACGUCUGAUUCUCUUUUCCUAAUUUUUUUUUAGUGCCAAGUCUGUCAGUGAAAGCACACCUUCGGUGAGUAUAGCACGGUGUUAUCUCUUGGUGCAGCCCAUCUUGAAAUCUAUGUCAAAGCCACGCGAAGCCUUUCUCGCAGCCAGAGUAGGGAGGCCAGUUAGAGAGUUAGAGAAGUCGAAGCCUUCCUCCCCUACGGACUCGUGAUUUCUUGGCUGCAACAUCCUUUGCCAUUUUUACACAGACCAUCGAAGAAUUGCGACGCGAUACUCACUUGAAUUAUUUGAAAGAGUGAAGAUUUCGGUGGAGAAUUUUACGCGAAAAGGGGUUAGAACAACAAGGAGAAACUUGUCAAAGAGACCUUGCGCUCUCUAGGUUCCAUCAAUGACUCAAAACGCUGUCCUCAAGUAUGCAUUUAUGUGAUAAAUAGUCAAACCUUUAUGUAUGGUCAUUAUUGUGUUGACUUGAUUUACAGAGUGGCUUAUCGGCCCGUGAAAGACGACGGCUUAAACAGAAACAAAAGUGUGACAAAAACGUACCUACCCCACCCUCAGCACCUGUACUUCCCUCACCUAGUGAAGUGAUCGCCGCCAAGGUCAAACGUUCUCAAGAGAGCAGUCCAGGAGGUAAGUUGUGGUGCACUAGAAAACUUUGUACUGGUCUUGUCAUGGUCGACGUUUGCAAUCCGAGCCUAGAUCCCCCAUUCCAGGGUUCUUUUUUAUUUAAGAGUAGGUAACCGCUUGUUGUAUUUGUCACGGAAAUAUUUACCCAAAUAGUUUUCCUGUGAGUGUUGCCUAUUUCGGAAUUUGAAAACCCGUUGCAUUCAUUUUAAAUCUCUUGCUUACCGUCUGCUAACCUUCGUUGUGAAGUUACCAGUUAGCUGUUGUCGCUUUGAAAACGCCUCAUGUUUUAAAGAAAUCCAGCUUGUUUUGAUCUACUCGUCCUUCUUUAUCCCUCUUGAUAAUGUAAUCUGGCAUACUUCCCUUUUUUUCACGGCUGACCGAGCCUCCUAUCUAAUUUUCUAACCUUUCUUUAUGUCAUUUUCCAGCCACUCCUAGGCAGGGGUCAGCGGGCGGCGAUCCUAGACGUCAGCUGAGUUCGGAGGGAUUUGAUAUCCCAGAUGGAGCCAGGCCUGUCGUGCGACAAGGAUCCGGCAAUGUUUCAAAUACGGUGGGUUAAUGAAUGAAUUAUAACAAAAUGCGUGUUUUCUUCAAGCCUCACAGAAUUUUGUCAUUUAGGCCAGUAAAUAAGCAGGCCUGAGAGAGAUCAUGUCAUGUUUACAGAAGGAAAUCUUGCCACCGAGAGUUGACAAGAUUGGAUGAUACUGCACUGUACUUUACAUCAGUACAAAGAGCAAGGAUUUUUUUUACGCUGCUAUAUGCAUGUUUCGUGCGUUUAAUUCUUAAGAGGAAAGAAAGUUCCGUUGAAUGCGAGCAGUCUCAUUGUUGGAGUCUUUUCAGCGAGCCCUGGCUGUGUUCGCUUGUCUAUUCAAUGCUUUCGAAGAAGACGUAAUCAAAUCAGCAUCCGUGCAAUAGAGUUGAGGAAUGCGACGGAUAAGGAAGUGGUCGAGAGGGUAGGGGGUUCCGAGAAGGAAGCAGUCGAGAGGGUAGAGGGUUCCCCUCUCUCUAUUUCUUUGACGCUCGUGACAAGUUUGAGACCAGAUCGUUCUUACAGCUUCUUGGCUACCAUUCAAUUGCUCACAAUAUGUAGGGGAAAAAAAUGUUAAAUUUGCAAGUUUCAUCCUUGUGUCCAGGAAUCAGUUGAACAGGACAGCGACUCGGACUCGGAGCUGGAGGAGAUUAAUAUGGAUGAACCUUCUGCCUCUGCGCAGAGGUAAGUAACAUUUAAUCCAUAAGCGCUUUGAAAAUGUUCCAGCCAUCUCUUGAAUGUUCAGAGUAAUUUUUGGCGUCGCAAAACUGACACCACAAUAACAGCACUGGAAAAUUGAAAGAAAGGAAAAAGGGCCCCAGUGGGACAAUGAGAACUGAAAGGGCAUGCAAACUGAGGAGCGUGAAAACGCAUGGGAUCUCGUCACGACCGGUCUUUGUUUAGCAUAAGAUUGGUUCAGACGAUGGCAAACUUUUCUGCAAACUUAUAGCAGAGAGAAUCAAAGAAAACCAAAUCAAUCCGGAACUAAUGUGAAAACUCAUCAGAAAAUUAAACCAAAUGAUUUAACAGAGGCCUUACGUGAACCACAGACACCCCACAAAUCCUUUAUUUGCUGUGACGAAGGGCUAACGGUCAAAAAAUCAGCUUCAAAAACUCUUUACGGUGGCGAAUUUACUUAAUUAACUCAGUUGAUCAAACCAAAUUAUCUUGUGAUACCCCACUGACGCAGCAACACAGUUUCCUCAGAAAGUGACCCCCAUAUGUGAAAUACUUUGUAGGAAUCCGCGCAGACAAAGUGACGUCACGUCUCUGAUCACUGCACUGGACACCACCUUGAAAAUGUCAAAUGCCGGCGCUGACAGAGAUUCCCCGGAUGUGGAUGCUGUGCUUGAAACACCAGAAGAGGAAGAACCCCUGGAUGUACCCUUUGGUAAGAAAGAAACUUCUCUCUACUUUCAAAGUUAGUCCGUUUAAAGUGCCGUUGCGAGGAAACUUAAAAGAGUUUAUUAUAUAGAUACUGGUGAAAUACCAGGGUUUUUCCUUCAACUAAAAAAUCAUAUCUUCAUCACGCGCAGUGAAGAUACAAUUUUUAUCUUUCACAUGUUAGGGUAUUGGUGUCGCCAUGGUAACUAACAUUAGCCAAUUACAAGAGAGCUUCCCGCUCAGGCGCGCGGCCGGUUCUUUUGAAAUUUCAUUAGUAAAAAUAAAAUAAACAGAACAUUACAUGGCCGCACUCGAAGAUAAAAUUCCUAUCCCCACGCAGCCAUGUAAUAUCCUCUAUAUAAGCAAAUCAGUUUUUUUCUUUACUAAAAUAAAAACCCUCUCCAAACUCUGAAGGGGGCUAUUGUCUUACGUAAGUUGACAACAUAUUGCAUGGCUGAUCUUACCAUUUCCUCUCUUGUCCCUGAUAAAAUUCCAUUCUGAAGUUUUUCUCUGCCGCCCGGCACGCGCAAGUUUUAUAAAAAGAUGUUUUCAUGUCGGCGGCAACAUCACCUUAAGACGGAGCCACUUACUGUACUCUAGCACAAAGAGGGUCCUUUUUUGACCAACCUUCGUGAUUUUGGGCUACUCUACAGUGUUUGUAUGGAUUAAGUUACAGUUUUUUAAAGGAUCUUACCUAUAUUUGACUCGACGACUUGGCUGUAUUGGAAAAAAUUGAUUAUGAAUCGAUCCAUCAUGGAAGGACCACACCGUGAGCCAAAAAAAUUAUUUAAGUGUUACUUAUCCAGUCAGCUUAGGAAUAAUCAAUAACUUUUUUCCCUUUUUAGGAGGAUCGCCCACAGCAUCCGGGAGAUUACGAGACCGAAUAGAGCGAUUAAGAAGGUAGCAAAUUGAACACUUUUUUUUUUUGCUAAAAAGAGUCCAAAGCGAAGCUCUAGAUAGGUGACAAUCGUUAAGGAUAGGGGAUCAACGUCACUAUCUGAGCAACUACGCACCUACCGCUCCCCUAACCCAGCGAUAGUCAACUAAUAACAUGUUCGGGUUAAUGUUGGGUUAGGGGACGGGCUGGUUGCUCGAGAAUGGCUUUGCUCCGGAGUAGGUAAUGUACGAGACCAUGCAAGAAGGAAAGAAAAGAGGAAAAUUAAAGUGGGUCUUUUUGUGAGGUUCGUACAUUUUGUUAGCGAUGCGCGUUUACAUAAAGGGUGUGCCCGAGAAAGAGCCAUUGUGAUCGAACAUACCCAUUCCUUUUUUUUUUUAUAGGGAAUGUUUACGCGGCAUCGGCGAAGACCUGCUGAUAGAAGCGUAUAAUAUUAUUAACACCCAGGAAGAAGACUAUGUUGAGGUAAGCUUUACUUCCUGUCAUUUUAAGUUGUUCAUUGUUUGUAUCAUGCAUGUUACGUGUUUCAACUUGUGUCAUGUAACCCGUCGAUGGCGAUAUUCAAAGUAAGCUUGAUUGAACUUAGGUACCUUUGCAUAUGUUAAAUUUUUUUCGUUUUGUUUCUUUACCCAUUUUUUCAUCUGUUCGUUUGUUCUUUAGUUUGUGUGUUUCCUCGUUGAUACCAUCGAUCGCUCGCUUGUUCGACCCAUUGACAGUUUUACGUAACUAUUCGUUUUAGUUCUUAGCGUGUGUGUACUUUUGUUUUUCCUCUUCAGGAGGCCCUGGUUCGUCUGAUGGGAAGAGAAAAUUUUGAGAAAUAUGGUGGAACAGUUUGGCAGCUAAAGUUCCUUGAAGAAUAUAAAAUGCACUAAGCCGACUUUAAGGUCCUUAAAAGAACAUUAAACUCCUGUAGAUAUCUCGAUUAUUGCUGUUUUUCCAUAUCGCUGUCUAGAAGCGGAAUAUGAAGAGCGUAGCUUGUUCCAGCUCUUGGUUGAAGCGAGCGUUGAGCGGUAGUUGAUUUUUCAAAGAGAGGCCCGCUUUUUCGCCUGAUUUUGUUGACCGAGGGCUAUGAAUAUCGUUGCUCUUUCAACAGAACGCGGGUACGAGGAGACUUCGUCAACAGUCAAUACUAAAAGUCAUGUACAUACUGAAGUUAAUUGAUCGUACUUGAAUACGAAUUAAGAGAGAGGAGAAAUAAAUAUGUAUCAUUUCAC